AUGUCGUCAGGUUCAAACAGUGCAAGGCGCGUUGCCUCGUUGAUGAGGCCAUCAAUAAUCGACUCCGGCGUGUGCAGAAGCUGUCAAGAGACCAUUGGCCGUCGCAGCUAUGCCACUGCUACCCCAGCAGCAACCGAAUCGACAACAACCCCUCCCGUCGUCACGCCGGCAUACACCAUCAACGCCGGUGUAGUUCUCUCCCGCCCUCCCCAGAUCACCCGUGAACUCGAGCCGUUCGAGAAAGCCUUCUUCUUCUACCAGAAGCGUCUGAACGAGCGUCUCGCUCUCCCUUUCACAAAAUAUUUCUACUUCAAGCGCGGAACUCCGGCCGACGAGGACUGGAAGAAGAAGAUUCAGGAGCGCCGGACUGCCGCCCGUGACAUCGGAAAGUACAACGCGUAUGACAGCGAUGCGUGGAACGAUGAGCUUUUGCUCGGUGCCGAGCAAUCCGAGCCCGCAAACCAGAUCGAGGCUCUUGUCCAGGAUGCUGAAUCGACCGCCAAUGCAACUUCCCAAGAUACCAGUAAAAAGGAGGAUAUUCCCCGCCCCUACCCCCGAAUCACCGAGGCAGACCAAAAGAACGACCAGAAGAGCCUCAACCGCCUGCUAUCCCGCACUCUCUAUCUCCUUGUGCAAUCCAAGGAAGGAAACUGGAAGUUCCCCACUUCCCCCGUGGAGACGGGAGAGACCCUCCGCCUGGCUGCCGAGCGUACCCUUGCCGAUUCCGCCGGUGUCAACAUGAACACCUGGAUGGUCGGCUACCACCCCGUUGGAUGGCACCAAUUCAACGCACCCCGCGCGAAGAAGGGGGAAACCGCCCAGGUCGAUGCCUCCGGCAACAAGGUCUUCUUCCUUAAGUCCCGCAUUAUGGGUGGCCAGGCCGACCUCUCCAUCAACACUCAGAACCUUAAGGACUUCAAGUGGCUGGCCAAGGAGGAGCUCCCACAGUACUUGAACACACAAUACUACAGCAACAUCAAGAACAUGCUGGCCGACCGGUAA